CCCGGACUCACGACGGCUCAAGAUCGGAGGCCAGGUGUCUGUAGGAUGACGCCACGACUAGCCGGACAAGGAAAAUGUCAUAUUACCGAUAUUCUCCGCUGAGCACCCUGCGGAUGCGAUUUGGUGUUUGAUCUAACAACUGAAUCGUUGAUCCCCUCUUCGGAGAGCUCAUUUGACGGAAUCAUAUGUUCCAACGCCGUUGGGAGCAACAAAAUAAAUAUCGACCCCGCCCCAGGCCCUUGACCCUGAUCCUUCUUACAGGGGCCCUGUUCACCUUUUCACCUUUGCUCAGUUCUUCGCCAUCUCUGCAGCUGAGAUCUUCAACACAUCCUGCUAUUCCCGCCUACUAUUCCUGGUAUCUAAGCCUGCCUUACAUCUCUUCCCUCUUCACUGGUUGUGCCGUCGGGAAGAAGGAUAUAUGGCUACGAAUCGAUCGAUGGGCUUGAUUAAAUAUUCUCGCCUACGCGAAAACUUUGUGUAACUCGUGGCAACGACGUAUUCCAUGUUUUAGAACGACAGCGAAAUAGGACAUCUUCACUACUCGGAAGUGCGAGGCCGCCGAUUAGAAGUGAGAGAAGUCCUGCUGCGAUAGACUUGAAGCGCAAGACAAAAAAUUUUGGUUUCUAGUCUAAGCUUGUGUCGGCAUCAUACAAAGACAUCCAUUCAGAUACAGUCCACCGUCAGUAGCCUGGAUCCCCAUGCGGGGGGGAAGACACCUGGAGCUGUUUUUGGUUAAGGUGAGGAGUUGAGACCGG